UCAUGAAGCCACACAUGUCCGCUACGGUACUAAGAGGAGCCCCCAGGGUGGCGGCCAUCCUCCUGGCCGUGGUCCUGGCGGCGGUGCUCGCCACGGCGGUGAACGGCGCCCAGAGGUGCGGCGACCAGGCGCGCGGCGCAAAGUGCCCCAACUGCCUCUGCUGCGGUAAAUACGGCUUCUGCGGCAGUGGCGACGCCUACUGCGGCAAAGGCAGCUGCCAGAGCCAGUGCCGCGGCUGUCGUGACGACGUCGUGGGGCACGCGUUGCCGGCCGAACCGGGUUCUACAAGAGCUACUGCGGCGUCCUCGGCGUCGGCUACGGGAUUAAACUUGACUGCUACAACCGGAGGCCCUUGAACAGCGGGCUCACGGCUGGGCUCGCGUGGCAGUGAAGACGGCCGGUAACUACAUAGAGCGUGCUGCGUGAGCCAUGGAUUAUGUGAGUAAAUAAAGUGGAUGUAUUAGUGAAUUUCCCGCCGUUGUAUGUGCCUCAUCGCGUAUCUGCAUCUUUAGUUGUCAGUAAGAAAUGGGACAGAGAACUUGCGUCUAGCA